AUGACACGUCGGAAUAGUAAAGAGAGUGAGGAUCAUCAUAGAAUUCCCCAAUACGAUAAUGUCGACGUAAGAAUGCUGUCGCUUAUGAAGAUUUUUGAGAGAACAGUCGUUUUUAGGAUAUUGAAGAACUGGAGAACGUCACUGAGGUGGAAGUGAAGUCGGAUCGUGGAUCCACGAUAUCAUCUCAUCCACACAUCACCAUAAAACAAGAUGAACCGCACGUGGUAGGAGAACGACAUGUCACUGUGAUCGAUAUUGCUUCCCAGAGAGGAUCUUCCAGAAGGAUCUCUCCCUCAAAGGUACUUUUUCAACAAAUUAUCUCAACUUUAAUGACAAAAUAUCGAAUUUCAGGACGCAGCUCACGAGAUCCCUCUCCCAGAACAUCCUUCCCAACAAUCCGCGGCAGAGAAGUCUCGAUCUAAAAGCUCAAAGCCCGCGAACCCGGAAAUGGCGUUCGACAUUGGAGUCGAGAACAUUGCACCAGUUUUAGGCCAUAAAUUGGAUAUGAAUGAUAGAGAUCCCCAAAACUCUGUGAAAUACUUGAAUGUAUAACAGUUUCAGAGUCUCUUCACCUGAACUACUUUUAUUUUUCAGACCUCGUUCGUCGAAGUGUUCGCUGAGCCCGGAGAACAGUAUCACAGUAUCGCAUGUGUUUGGACAUUGUCUUUUAGAGUGCGUCUAGCUUUUUUGAGACCGAAAUUCCAAUAUUCCAUUUUUAGAUUUUCGAAAUUGUCCGAAUCUACAGUUACAAGAUUCUCACUCUCAUUUUCGGCUUACUCAUCGCCGUUCUAGGAGGAUUCCUCUUCGCUUUGUUCGCUUUUCUCAACAUUUGGAUCGUCCGCGUAAGCUCUCCUCCGCCCUACUCUAUUCGAUUUCUAAUUAUUUCAGCCGCUGCUCAUUCUCGCCCGAAUGACUCUCUCGCAAGUGCUCAUGGUCUGGCCGAUGUUCCUCAUUUAUGUCGUUCGUCCGUUCUUCUACGCUGUUGGCGCCGUCUUUUCGACCGCUCGUCUGCACACGUCGCGAGGCGAUCAGGUGGCAGAAGUGUGGGAAAAGCAUGUGCAUGAUGUUUGAGUUAUCAGUACACUUUUAUAGCUGUUUUUAUGAUUUUGAUUUUGAUGCUGCAAACAAAAAUAAAGGUGUCAUUGAGAUAAAUGUCGAAGAGCAUGUGGAGAAAAUUUCGAGAAAUCGGUUUUUCAAAAAACAAAUCGAAAGGCUGAAAGCUGAAAAUGAAACAUCACAAACAAACCAGAGUAGGGUUGAUUCCCAGUGAAUGAUUGUGAUCGAGGCUCGGCCGAGGGGACUGCAUUCCUCCUUUUUUCAGCAUAUAAUAGCUAUACCAGAGAUUAUACAAUCAGAUGUGAUUGCGAUAAAAAAGUAGAAAUGGAUGAGCGAAGCGACGUGCGAAAGAGAUCGAACAGGCGCCUGCUUUUCAGGCGCCAGUUUUUUCAACGGGCCGCCGCAUCCCUGCGUUGAGAAAACAGGCGCCUGAAAUCGCCUGUUCGACCAGCCUAGCUGAGACCCACCAUCUUGAAACCGGUAAAAAAAAUCGUACGCAAUUGUGCGGCGUGCGUUCUCUGCGGUGUUCACACAUUGACCGCCACCGUAACCCGCUUUCAUUUCGAAUUCUGUUCCAAUUUUUGUGGCGUGUUUCGAUCGCUUUCCCACGUCGCUUCGCUCAUCCAUUUCUACUUUUUCAUUGCAAUCACAUCUGAUUGCAUAAUCUCUGCUAGUACUGUAAGUUUUUUGAUAAUUUUUACCUAUUCUAACAAGGAAAUUUGCAGAAAUCGUCUACCGAUUCAAAAAUCUGA